AUGCCAGUCCGCUUCUUCCUCGCCAACGCGUUCGCAACCCACCCCCACGGCGGGAACCAGGCAGCCGUCGUCCUCCUACCCCCAGGCGAUGAACGGGCCAAAGACGACACCUUCUGCCGCACCCUCGGACAGGACUUUGACAUGCCCAUGACGGCAAUCGUCACGCCCAAAGAGGAGGGGGUGUAUGCGAUGCGCUGGUGGACGGGGUCAGGCAAGGAAUCGAUGCUCUGUGGCCACGCAACCCUCGCGACCAGCUUCAUCCUCUUCAAUCGCGUCGACACGUCCGCAAAGGAACUGUACUUUGACACCGUCGCUGGUCGUCUCACAGCCACCUGCGUGAGCCGAGGCCAAGGGGGCGAGGUAUCAAUCUCCCUUCCCCUCGGUGGUCCUUCAGCCCCUUCCUCUCGCAGCGAUGAAUUCGGGGCUCUCUUCGCCUCCGCUUCCGCCAUUGACCCUAGCGACAUCGAGCAAGUAGCGACAUACAUGGACGAGAAAUCGUGCAUCGUGCGCCUCAAGCCUAGCGUUCCCCUCGCGGACCUCAAAGUCAACACCCGCGCACUCUACCCCACGAUCGGACACUACUGUAUCGCGACACAGGUAAAGGACGGGAGGAUCAACUCGCGCGUCUUCGUCGAGGGCAUGGGCAUCCCCGAGGACCCAGUUACGGGCUCGGCACACGCCGCCCUCGCCGAAUACUAUCUCCUGGGCCAUGGAUCGGGGAUGUUUGGUCCCGAUGCGAAGAGUGUUGUACUCGACGCGCACCAGGUUAGUCGCCGGGGUGGGGCGAUGCGCGUCUCCCUUGACAACGGCCGGGUUAAGGUUGUGGGCAAGACUUGGAUCUGGGGGGAGGGGGAGAUGGCUGCGUUGGAGUAA